AUGAUGGAACCUCUGAAUAGCUGUUCGCUGGGUGCCAUGGGAUCCCUUCUCAGAAAGCUCGAUGAGCUACUGCGUACUGAAGAGAGGGCAAAGGGACUCAUAGGCGAUCUUCGCAUCAUAAGCACCAAGAUGAAGAAGCUAUCAGAGGUACACAGCCCUCCCCAUACGGUGAAAUACUGGAUGAAUGAUGCGCGUGAAUUGUCCUACGACAUGGAGGUCUGCGUCGACCUGUUCGUCCAUGCCAGCCAGCCAGAAGAUGUGCCAGCUAAGGUAGCGGGGAUUUUGGCCUGGAUUAAAGAGAUCUUGGGAUUUGAGGCUCGCGUGAAGGAGGUUAACGAAAGAUGUGAGAGGUACAAUCUUGUUAACAGAUACGUACUUCUCAGUAAUCCGGCAAAAAUUUUAGUGAGCCGUCAUCUUCGAACUCAGUACGAAGAACCCGAUCCUGUCGGCAUGGAAGAACCAACAAACAAGAUUCUUGAGUGGCUGAUGCCGAAAGGACAUGGUGAAGAAGACCUCAAGCUCAAGGUUGUUUCCGUUCUUGGUGAUGAAGGAGCCGGGAAGAGCACGCUUGUCAAAAGAAUAUGGCGUUUAUCUGAAGGGAAGUUCGACUGCCAGGCUUUCGUGCGGACGGCAAAAAAGCCUGAUACGAGGAUGAUUCUCAGAAGCAUACUCUCACAAGUUCGCCCGAAGCAGCCACUAAAAGUCUGCAAGGUGCCAAAACUCGUUAGCGAUCUAAGGGAACAUCUCCAAGAUAAGAGGUAUUUUAUUGUAAUUGAUGGCUUAUGGGAUGUGUCAGUUUGGCACAUUAUUAAGCGGGCCUUUCCAGCCGGUAACCAAAGAAUAAUAACAACAACAGCAGUUGAGAACGUCGCCCAUGUAUGCUGCAGUUAUGACAGUAAUAGCAUUGUCAAUGUCAAAUGUCUUGGUACCGAUCAAGCCAAAAAUUUAUUCAUUGAUAGAGCUUUUGGGCCUGGAAAAGGAUGUCCACCACAGUUCAAUGAUUUCACAGAUGAGAUCACAAGAAAAUGUGGUGGUUUUCCCUUAGCCAUCAUCUGCACUGCUAGACUUGUGGCAAGCCAACCAGAAACAGAACAGGAGCAGCAAUUGGAUUAUCGAAGAGAUAUUGUUAACUCUUACAGGAAGGGUUUGUUGUGCUACACAGUGCACCCUGUGGUAUUUGAUUUUAUCACAUGCAAAUCCAUGGAAGAUAAUUUCAUCACCAUCAUAGAUUAUUCUCAGUCGACAGUAGUUCUCAGUGAGAAGGUUCGUCGACUGUCACUCCACUUUGGCAGUGCAACAUAUGCUACUACACCUGAAAGUGUGGAAUUAUCACAAGUUCGCUCACUCUCUUUUAUUGGACUCUUGGGUUGCAUGCCUUCGAUUGCAGAGUUUAAGCUUGUUCGAGUCAUGAUGCUCCAUAUCUGUAGUGACGACGUGGACAUGAGGUUUUCACUUUCAGAAAUAUGUAACCUGCUCCAGCUAAGAUAUUUGCAGGUCAGGUGCAACGUCACUGUGGAAUUGCCAAUCAAGAUGCAGUGUCUAAAACACUUGGAAACACUAGAAAUAAAUGCAGGGGUAGAAUAUGUUCCAUUGGAUAUUGUCCAUCUUUCAAGAUUGCUGCACAUCCACCUUGGAAAAAAGUCAAGUCCAAAUCCGGCUUUUUCCUUAGUUGACUGGAACUGGUUACCCUGUUCUUCCAUCUCCCUUCGGAGUUUUGAGUUGCUGCAUCCCAUUUGCAUGUUUUCAAGGCUGCCCCUGUGGUUUCGUCAACUACACAAACUCCGUAGAAUGGAAAUUGUGGUCAGACAAUUGUCGGACGACAUUGAUGUCCUAGCGGAGUUACCGGUUCUCAAACAUCUGUCCUUGUACGUCCGAACACCACCCAAUUUAGAAAUAAUCUUCAGCAGAGGAAUGUUCCCAGCUCUCGAGUAUUUCAAAUUUGCCUGUGGUGUGCUAUCGCUGGGCUUUCAGAAAGGAACACUGCCCAAUCUUCGUUGGCUCAAGCUAGUCUUCAACGCCCACAAAAGGGAGCAGUACGGUAUUCCUGUGGGCAUCAGGCACCUGUUAAGCCUCCAGAAAGUUGUUGCAGGCAUUGGGUUAGCUCCUGGUGCUGGGGAAUCUGACAGGAUAGCUGCAGGGUCUGCGUUCAAGGAUGCAAUUAUACAGCAUCAAUGUCACCGAAGUUUCGAGGUGGUGGUGAAAAGGGUGGAUCAAGUUGACGAGGAAGGAUCCUCAAACGAACGUGGGCAAGUGCCACUGUGGAAGCUGGCGUUCCGGACCCCGCCGCAGCUCCCGGUCUUGAAGGGGAGCAAGAUCGAGGACGAGGCUGGGAACCCGCUGGAGGUGAUCCUCGUGGACGCGGACACCGGCUCGCCGGCCGUGCUCCCUCAGGCGCUGCACGUCGAGCUGGUGCCGGUGUUCGGCGAGUUCCCGCCGGAGGGCCGCGAGGACUGGUCCGCCGACGAGUUCCAUAGGAACGUCGUCAAGGAGCGCCAUGGCAAGCGCCCGCUCCUGACAGGCGACGUCAGCCUCGCCAUGAGGGACGGGCGCGCCACGGUGGGCGAGCUCCAGUUCACGGACAACUCGUCCUGGGUCCGUUGCGGCAAGUUCCGCAUCGGGGCGCGCGUCGUGCCAGCAAGCUACGACGGCGGCAGGAUCGUUGAGGCCAUCACCGAAGCCUUCGUGGUCAGAGACCACCGUGGUGAUCUGUAUCGGAAGCACUACCCUCCCGUCCUCGGUGACUCAGUGUGGAGGCUGGAGAAGAUCGGCAAGGAAGGCGCGUUCCACAUGAAGCUGAGGUGCAACGACAUCGGGACUGUUCAGGAAUUCCUAUGGAUGCUAGCGGUCAAGCCUAACGAGCUGCGAGCGAUUCUGGGCGACGGCAUGACCGACCGUAUGUGGGAGGCGACAACCAGCCACGCAAGGACAUGCGUCCCCGGCGACGAGGUGUACGUGUACACAGCGGGUGGCAGCACCAUCUACGUGAACUCUGUCUUCAACCUCGUUAAGGUCAAGAUCGGCGGCACUGAGUGCACCUUACAGCAGCUGAACAGAGACCAGACGAUGUUGUUGGGGCAGCUAAUUCUGGAGGCGUACGAGCACCGCUACAACCUCAUCGAACUGGGGACGCGCUACCCUCCCUCCCUUGGCGACUCAGCGUGGGUGCUCGAGAAUAUCGCCAAGGAAGGCGCGUUCCACAAUAGGCUGGAGCACAACAACAUCAAGACUGUUCAGGACUUUAUAAGGAUGCUAAUGGUGAAGCCUGACGAACUACGUGCGAUUCUGGGCGACGGCAUGACCGACCGUAUGUGGGUGGAGACCAGCAGGCACGCGAGGACCUGCGUCCCCGGCGACACGGUGUACGUGUACGCAGCGGAUGGCGGCACCAUCUACGUGAACUCCGUCUUCAACCUCGUUAAGGUCGAGAUCGGUGGCAUUGAGUGCCCGUUGCAGCAGCUCAACUGGGACCAGAUGGCGUUGGUGCUGCCGCUAAUUAUGGAAGCGUACGAGCACCGCCACGACCUCGAAGAGACCAGUGCGGUCACAUUCGACGGCGACGCCACCGACAACAUUGCACUGCUCCGCGAACUCAUUUUGAGUACCCCAAGUGGAGGAAUAUCUCAGGCUAACAUACGGCCUUCUUAG